AAACCGGUUCUUUGUAACUUCCGCCUGUAAUUCCCUCCGCUCAAACAAAAACCAAAACUUUCUCAUCAUUUUUUCCAUUUCUGAUUCAAUUUUGGUUCAGAGAGAAUCCAAUUCACAAAAAUGGAGAGCUUAGCACUUCACUCAAUCUCCACUACUACAACGACGUCGUUUUCAAUCUCCAACGCCCGUACUUCAUUGUUCCACCACCCAUCAUUUUUAUCAGCAAAACCCAUCUCAAAGAUCCAAUCUUUCAACUCAAACUCAUUGAAUUCCCCAAAAAAACCGCUGAUUUUCACUCCAAUUUACAAACCCACCAAAACCCAGUUCCCAAUUUGUCUAUCUUCCCCACAAAAUGAUCAAAAAAUCACCACUAAAUCACCUCAAAAAGGAGCAAAGAUAGCACCUUUAAUAAUCUCUAUAGCCAUUGGUGUAAUCCUCAGGUUUUUUAUUCCCAAACCUGUGGAAGUAACACCACAAGCUUGGCAAUUACUGGCCAUUUUUAUGUCAACAAUUGCUGGUCUUGUGUUGAAUCCAUUGCCUGUUGGUGCAUGGGCUUUUCUUGGUUUAACCACCUCUGUAGUGACUAGGACAUUGAGUUUUUCAACUGCUUUUAGUGCCUUUACUAGUGAGGUUAUUUGGUUGAUUGUGAUUUCUUUCUUUUUUGCUAGAGGGUUUGUUAAGACUGGUUUGGGGGAUAGAGUUGCCACUUAUUUUGUUAAGUGGUUGGGGAAGAGUACUUUGGGAUUGUCUUAUGGGUUGACUAUUAGUGAGGCCAUUAUUGCUCCUGCUAUGCCUAGUACUACUGCUAGAGCUGGUGGGGUUUUCUUGCCGAUUAUUAAGUCGUUGGCGUUGUCCGCGGGGAGUAAGCCGGGGGAUGGUUCUUCGCGGAAGCUUGGGUCUUAUCUCAUUCUGUCACAGUUUCAGUCUGCUGGAAAUUCUAGUGCAUUGUUUCUCACUGCUGCAGCUCAAAACUUGCUGUGUCUCAAAUUAGCUGAGGAGCUUGGGGUGGUGAUUUCAAGUCCUUGGAUUUCUUGGUUCAAGGCCGCCAGUUUGCCAGCAUUUGUCUGUCUUCUAGUUACACCGCUUGUAUUAUACAAACUUUAUCCUCCUGAAACUAAGGAUACUCCAGAAGCCCCUGCACUGGCUGCGAAGAAACUGGAAAAUAUGGGUCCUGUCACGAAAAAUGAAUGGGUCAUGGUCGGUACGAUGAUUCUUGCAGUAUCUUUGUGGGUGUUUGGGGAUGCUCUUGGCAUACCCAGUGUUGUCACUGCAAUGGUUGGCUUAUCAAUACUACUUUUAUUGGGAGUUCUCGAUUGGGAUGACUGCUUAAGCGAAAAAUCAGCUUGGGAUACAUUGGCCUGGUUUGCUGUUCUAGUAGGCAUGGCAGGUCAGCUGACAAAUCUUGGUAUCGUAACCUGGAUGUCUAGUUGUGUGGCCAAGUCCCUUCAAUCUCUCUCAUUAAGUUGGCCAGCUGCCUUCGGUGUUCUUCAAGUGUCAUACUUCCUUAUUCACUACCUAUUCGCCAGUCAAACCGGUCAUGUGGGAGCACUAUACUCCGCAUUUUUAGCCAUGCACUUGGCGGCUGGGGUACCAGGUGUGCUGGCAGCUUUGGCUCUAGCUUACAAUACAAAUCUUUUCGGUGCUAUUACACAUUAUAGCAGUGGACAGGCUGCUGUGUACUAUGGAGCUGGAUACAUAGACCUUCCUGAUGUGUUCAAGAUGGGAUUCAUAAUGGCACUAAUUAACGUUUCAAUCUGGGGAGUAGUUGGAACUUUCUGGUGGAAAUUUUUGGGGCUCUACUAGUUUUAACUUCUCAUGUAAGUAGUUUCUUAAAUUUCCUAUUGUAUGAUGCCUGAUUCAGGAAACAGCUGAGCUUACUCAAUUCUAAAAUUUUGAUUUUUUUUU